AGUCCGUCAGUCCGCCUGGUGACUUUCGAGCGAGUGGUGUUGUGUUCGAACGCUGGUGCCCCGUGUGCUUUGGAUGCCGCGCGCGCGGUCAGAGUUUCAGUUCACUUACUUUGAAUUGGUAAACAGUUUGUGAUUGAUGGUUGAUUCAACUGUGACUUGUGUUCUGCGGGGAAAACGGUGGAUCCGGUUCUCGGAGAACCUAAAAGUGCAAUCUCUACAGCAAGCGCCCUAGUUAGAGUGAGCUAAGCCACCAGAGGUGACCUUAUGUAACGUGACUCCCGUGCGCGCAUUGACCGUAUCGAGCGCAAUCAAGCCGAAGACGAAUUCGAGAGGCUGAAUGAAAGAUAUUGACUUGAUACAAGUAACCCCAGUAGGUGUAAUUUUUCUUCGUUUCUCGGUUCUCUUGUCAUUGUUAAUUGUUAAUUCUACCCCUUCGAUACGCAUCGAAGUUUUCGAUUAUUUUGGCGAGUUUUUCGCCUUCGACUUAAGAUGAUCUUUUCGGGCUAGCCACACAGUAAAGAAGGUUCAGGAAGAUAACAAAAACGAGUUUCAUCACUGUGACGUGAAGUGAACUGUAUUUUUUUGGUGUGUUUUACUGCGAUGAAGAGCCAUGCGCUUGGGCAGCAAGUAGAAGUGUGAUUGGCGGUUUGUUACUUGAGCCGGUCAGGUUGUUGUUGUUGUUAUUGUGGUUGUGGUUCCUGCUAGAGGUCCAGGCACGGAUAAGCCUACUCAUCGACCCGUGCUGGUGGUUCCAAGUGGGUGACUUGCACUGGAGAGGAAGCUCAGAAGAUGCUUCGUGGCUAGCCUCCGCGCACACACACCAUUACACAUUGGAUGGAAUAUGCUAAUGAGAAUCGACAAGUCAAUAAAUUAUGAACGCAGUUGAAGACGGAUGUUGUUCUGAAGUACUUCUUUUUAUUGCACUGCCUCGCACGGUUAUUACCCAUAUGCGUUGUGGAGGCGAAACAUCGCCGGAAAGAGAUUGAAAAUCGAAAGUUGCGAAACAGUUUUUGUGCGAUUGUGAAGAUCAGAGAAGGUGUUGUUGUUUAUUGCUCGAGAGAUACCGAAGGAAUUUUCCUGGCCACGGCUAAUCAACGGUACACACAUACAAUAGAGUGACAGAUUACAGCAGUGAGGAAAAUAUUGUGUGGACUAGUGUGGUUUGUGUUUUCAGCUUCGACCCUCGCUACCGAUUCGAAGCGAAGUUUUGUCUGUGUUUCGCUGUCUCCAUCCAACAGCGUUGAAUAAAAACAACUGCCUGAAGUUCAAAGCUAACGAUGGAUUGUGUGUUAAUUAUCUGAUUGGUACUGAUUCAAGCAUACGACCCUUAGCGACCAUCAAUGGCAGCCUUCGCAAAGCGAACCGCACUUGAUAGCGCAGAAAACAAGCAGCGAAAUUCCAGGAGGUUUUCGUAAUGACUUCACCGCCAUCGACAUCCCGAAAAGUGCACACUUACACCGAAGCACACGUGAAGUAAAAAAAGAUAAAAAAAGUUGCAAAACCGGAGCCACUGAAAAAUAUAUUUCGCGAAACAGGAGAAAACGACUUCUGCAAGCAGCAAAAGCUGAAUAAAAACGUCGUCGGAGAACUUCUCACCACAAUCACCAUCCCGACCUGUGCCCAGUCCAGCCGAUCAGAUUCGAGCGAAUAUCCCAUCUCGCGUACCGAACGAUUGCAUAUAUGAAUAUGUGAAAAUUCCGAUUUCCAACGUUUGAACAGAAGAAAUCCAGUUUUGCUGUGAGCGCGGUCUCUGUCCCAGCUGACCUCCUCUGGUUGUCCGCCCCUGCCGCAGCUCCACCGAUUGGCGAAGAUCAAUUUCGCCAGGCGAGACGGAAACCGGCCCUUACUGCCUUGUGUGUAUGCGGCGAUUCAGACAGGCCAAGCCAGGGCACAUUCUUCCACUGAUUUAUGCAUGCUCGAAAUAAGGCGCAUUUUCAGCAACAGCCCAGCAAAAAGAAAAACAAUAUUAGUGUAGGCAACGAAGAAAAAGCACCAAGACCGGUUGCCGGCUGUAUUGGUAGGGCUUCGCUGGGCAACUGGUUCUAGAUCGGUGGUGGUCCCUUUACGCCACUUGACCCGCCGAGAGGAUCCGAAGUGGGUUCGAACUGGCUACGAGCGAACGGAGUGUUCGUCCGUGGAGGUUCUACAUGACUGCACCGUGCGAUCACGCGGACUGUGAUAUAGCAACUGAUACUGUUCGGUGUGAAAAGAAUGUUUCAAUGUGACUUCACCGCCAAUCAAAAUAGUUUCAUCGGAAUAAUCGAACGGAAAAAGGGUUUGGCUGGCCGAGUGAAAAGUGUGCAAUGCAAAUGAAACCUUUUCUCGAGUUUUGUUUUCAGUAAGCAAAAAAUAAUUCAAUGCGAAACGUGAAUAACAAAGUGAGGCUGUAGGAGUGAAGAAAAACACUACGAAGAAAGUGUAUGGAGUUUAGGAGACAAAAACAGAAAAAAAGUUUAACAGAGUGGUUUAUGUGUGUGCCCGAUUGUUUUUGUUUCCUUUGUCUGUCCAUUAGCUUAGUUUCGGCCGGAGGGCGGUAACACAAGACCAAACAAAAAAAAUUACCAUACCUAGACCGAUCGCAAUUAUUUUCCUUUAGGCGCUUUAGCGGAGUGUAAGAAAGACGGGCUAAGCGCAGCAUAAAAUAGAGUGUGAAGUUAUCGACGACGAUAUUUUAGUUUUGGUAAUCUAUUUUCGAUUGUUUCCGGCUAUUUCGUGCUUCCGAUAGUUCACAGCAGGAAAUUUGGUGCUGGAAUCGGAUCAAAGAAAAAGCACAUCCGUGCCGAACAUCUAGGAAAUAACAGGUUAUUAUCACAGAAGUUAGCAAUGAAAAGCCAACAUACUUCUAUACAUUACACUAAAUGUAUUAGACUACAACAGACACCCGAUUACUAGAAGUGGCAUUGAAAGUGCGCAUCUAGGGAAAUGCUAACCUAAAUAAACGCUCGACUGCUCUACCUGUAGGUAGGCUUGAACCGACACUAGGUGGAUCAAUUUCGCGCCCGUACAAGGCCCCAAGUGCGCAGCAUUGAAAGUAAAACAGUUGAGAUAACAGUGUGCAUCCCGUCAGCAAACUGGAAACCCGACGGAGCAACAGGUUAUUUAGCAGCUGAUCUUGCAAAUAAUGAACCAUUUGAUAAAGGGCUCGGAAUAUCGCAGUUGUUCCAAUUAAUUCACAUUCGCAACACCCAAGCCAGCACACUUGCGAAAGAGCAUUCAAGCGGACGCACCGUUGCGAGCGGUUCAGGUGUGCGCUUUAUCGUGUGACCUAGUGAGAAGCUCUACCCUCCGGUAAUUUUGAGUCUCGACACCAGUGCAACACUUGCUCAGUGCAUCCUAGGAGGGGCAAGUGACGAAAGUGGAAGCAGAAAAUCCGUUCUUAUGAUCGUUCAAACGGGCCAAAGUGGAAAGUUUCCCGCAGCAGCACGAAACCAGUGGCGUCAGUAUGAGUACGAACUCACCCGGAACGCCGAAGAAAUGUCGGCUGAUACUUCAGCAGUGCCUGGCAAUUCAGCUCACCAAACCGGGCAAUCCACCGGAGGACUUCUGGAUGUACGAUAGCGGUUAUACGAUUUUUCAGAAUUUCCUUUCAGCGAACCUGCAAUGCUGGUGGAAUGCCCCACUGGCAGCGGCCACAAAAGUACUAAAAUAUCUUGGCCAUAUCUCGCCCGGGAUGCUACUGAUAACGGCCGAACCAUGUGCCCUGGAAAUCAUCCGAAGUGCCUACGCACGCAGCGUCCUCAAACCACCGGCCACCUAUCUGAUAAACUCCGUAGGUGACAUUGACGAUUGCAUCGUGACGCCAAUAGUGCAAACACAAUUUACGCCACUAACCGAGGCACUAUGCGACGUCAUCAUGGAGCUUACGGCCCAGGGCCAAUCGGCGACUAUCGAAAAUAUUCGAACGCGACUACGGGCAAGAUUUACCCACAUGCAGCAACCUUCGGUCGAGGUGAUCUACGAUACGCUUGUGCAGCUGAUGCAAGAGAUCAAAAUCUAUCAAACUUCAAAGGGUUACUUUAUCGUCACGCCAGAGAAACGACGUAGCAAAUCCAAACCGAUCGAUUACAGCUUUGCAAGCGACGAGAGUACACCGCCUCAGAAGGAAUCAAAGACACUGUUAAUGAGUAGCCACGAGGCGUUGCGUAGUCUGUACGGAGAAAUCUCGACUGAACGCGAUGGUGACCAGACCCAUCAAUGCAUACAAACCAACUUGGCGGAUGUGAUCUGCGGUGGUAAUCCGAAUGACAAAAUCCUCUACCCGCGAAGUAAUAUCAGCAAGCAGAGAAGUGCGUCACUGGCAGGAAGUGCCAAAACGCUGGAACGGCGACACAGCUUGCGAUUGUUUGGCUCUUCAAAAAGGUUGCAGCGUUCCGCGUCCACCCGCAGUCUGUCCAAAAACUAUGCUCAGACAAUAUCAAAAGACAACAACCCUUCGAUAGCGACCAGUUCAAGCUCGGAGAACCAGUCCAAUUGUGAUACAAAAAAACAGGCAUCUUCACCAUCUCUACUGUCUAGGAUUUUCCGACGUAGCACCCGGUCGAAGAGUAAGUCGAAGCAGAUUGAAACAUAUUCGGCUCAGUUUCCACCACCCGAAUGGUUCAAUUCGAAAACUACCCAUCUACAUAGCGUUGGCACACAGACUGUAGAUUAUUUGGAAGUCCCAAUGAAAUCCCGCAUGAUGAAUUCCACAUUCUACGACAGCUCGGAUGUGAGUCAACGAUCGCUUUCGCUACCGAGGCGACGCCAUCAUCGACGAAACCUUUCGAGCGAGUCCACAUUCUUCAUAUCAUCGCGCGAUUGCUCACCGGUUCGACGAGGAAAAUCUCCCUCUUACUAUUGUGGCAGUCUACCGCGAUCCAUCCACUCCACACCGGCCAGUUCUGGGUACUACAAGGUAUCUCGGAGUAAGCAGCUAUCAUCGGCAGAGAAGCUGCACAGUAACAGCCAAAAUAAGAUCGAAAACAAAGCUAGUCGUGUAGGUAGUGGUCCGUCCAGUAUCGACAGUGGUAAGAUGACCUACAUAACCUCCGGACCGUCUAGUUUUGACAGCGAGAAACUUUCCUCCACGCGUACGAGCACCCACUCUAGCCUGGAGUCGCACGUUUCUGCUGCUACGGUUACCACCACAAUACAGCAGACAACUACGUCCAGCUUCUUCAUAGCCAACGAUACAAAACCGUCGUAUGUUAACUCCAACGGAUCGAAAGGCACCCCGCCAUCUGCGGUAACCACCACAACCACUAAUGCAUCGAAGAGCAACCAACACUACAAAGGGUUCGAAACAACCUUUGGGUACAAUAACCAGGCCAUCAACACUAGCACAAACAACCAUAGCAAUAGUAGCACUAAUAACAAUAGCAAUCUAGUUAAGAACUCACUUAAUGCACUUUGUAAUGAAGUCAUUACAAACAACAGCAUUUUAGCAAACACCAACAGCAGUAACCUAAAUAGGCUAGAAACAGAACUAUCGAAUGCGAGCAACGAAAUGGACUUCAGUUCUCGGAACGAUCAGCUCUCAGCUUUAAACGGAACGCUUUUAAACUUCAAACUCAAUUCCGAAGCAUCUGCCGAUCUUCACGAGUUGAACAAAUACAACAAAAACAUCAACAAGCAGGACAAUACUCCUAUGAACAAUAGCAAAACGUUGCCAUCGACGCCUCCAGUACAACCGGCUAAUUUUUUCUACAAAAACGUCCUCAAAAACAUACAGCACGAUGCUAAGAACAUAUGCGGCGACCUGGCCACCGAUAAGGACCUAACCGGUUCGAUGGGUGGAAACCUGCAGCACAACGAUCACCAGUCGAAUCUGCGCCGGUCGAAUUCUGAAAUCAAAAAACUCAACUCCACUCUCGAUCUGAAGAAUCAAACAUGUCCCUCGGAGAAGAUCAGCGGUUUGAUCGUUAUGAAGAAGAGCUUGUCCGUUUCCAGUGAACCGAAUCUCACCAACCAGAUGCAGGAAACGAACAAGAUCACCAUUCUGGUGAAAGACUCCGAUAAACCGAACAACUCCGAUCGACGAUUUUCGUUUCAGAACAAGGAAGACCCAAUGAUCGAGGAAAUGUACGACUUUCCUAGUCUCACAGAUCUGAGCUUUAACUUUACGUCCCUCGCGGCUCAGAAGAUUCUGCAGGGAGAUGCCAGCCUGAACAGUAUCGACACCCUGGUUGAGCUGAACAUUAACCAGGAAAAACAGCAGACAAUAAUGAAGCUGAAAAACGAUGCACGAACCAUUGGCCAGCAAGCCCAGGAACCAAGCAAAAUCGUGACUGACUUCGGAAUGGUGUAAUGAGGACGGAAAAGCGAAAGAAUGACAAUCAUACAACAUGAAUAUGUACAUUGAACCGAAGUAUAAGUGCCAAUAUUUUGAAAACAAAAAAGUAUAUCUGUAACAGCAACAUUUAUCUAAGUAUUAUAUGUACCAUUAAAUAGUUGAAACCGUUAAUUAUUUGUAUUAUACUUGCUUAAUUACGCGAUUAUAAUCGCUUACCGUAUCUUUAUUCGAUGAUAAUAAUGAAAAGACGAACUACUUAAAACACGUUUAUUACAAAGACACCGCGAACCGAUGGUUCCCCGAAGCAUACUCUACGGCAGUAAUCCUUGCUAAUUAUACUGAAAGACAAUUAACAGCACCCAUUUACGAAAAAUUGUACAAUCUCGGAACUGUGUAUAAAAACCUCAUGUAUUAUUGCAAACAAUAAAUAAAAAUAAAUAUUAUAAAUGAUUUUCUAAAUCACUCA